CAGCCAGCAGAGCUCCUCUCUGGAUUGCUAGGGCACAGAAGAUCUUACUUCACUCCUACAACAUUUCUGCUUUCUUCCGGAACAGAAAUGUGCACCAACAGCAGUGAUUCUGUCCAUCAGUAACUGAUAUACCCAGACCUUCCACAGCCAGACAGAUAAACGCUUUUAGGCUGGCUCCAGAAGACUCAGACUGUGUUUGACUGCCACCCUUUUGGAUAAGUAUUUUGGGAUUCAGGAUGAAUAAGACAAGGGCUGUUAGUGAUGUUUUUCAUUUCCUGAUCAGCAAGAACUGGAGCUCAAGCCGAAGCUUUCCUAUGAACAUUUCCAAUCAGUGCAUGAACAUCACUGACCUUACUGUAUUUCUGGCCACCUCUUACAGCUUGGAGACUGUUCUGGGCAUUGUGGGAAACAUCUGUCUGAUUGCUGUCAUUGCCAGGCAGAAGGAAAAGGCCAAUGUCACCAAUAUCCUAAUUUCCAACUUAAUAAUUUCAGACUUGUUUAUGUGUCUUGUCUGCCUGCCUUUCACCGUUGUUUACACCAUGAUGGACUACUGGAUAUUUGGAGAAGUCAUGUGCAAAAUGACCUCUUUCACUCAGUGCACAACUGUGACAGUGUCAAUCCUUUCCCUUGUCCUUAUUGCUCUGGAAAGACACCAGCUCAUCAUAAACCCAACUGGCUGGAGGCCAAAUACCUCCCAAGCCUACCUAGGAAUUGGAGUGAUUUGGACUUUAGCAUGUCUCAUGUCCCUGCCCUUUUUGACCACAUCCAUCUUGUCCAACGAGUUGUAUGAGCAGCUCUCACACUUCAUGAAUUUUUCCACCGAUAAGGCAAUAUGUAUCAACUCGUGGCCUUCUGAGCAGCACAAACUUAUCUACACCACCACUUUACUGCUCUUGCAAUAUUGCAUCCCCCUGUUCUUCAUUAUCCUUUGCUACCUGCGUAUCUACCUGCGCCUGCAGAAGAGAAAGGACAUGUUUGAGAAGGGCGAGUACAGCAACCGAGCCGUCCAGCUGAGAAGGAUAAACAUUUUGUUAGCAUCCAUGGUUGCUGCUUUUGCUGUUUGCUGGCUACCGCUGCAUGUUUUCAACACCAUCGUGGACUGGAAUUACAAAAUCAUUUCGCCUUGCCACCACAACCUGAUCUUUUCAUUGUGCCACCUGGUAGCCAUGGCUUCCACCUGUGUCAACCCUGUUAUCUAUGGUUUCCUAAACAGCAACUUCAAAAAAGAAGUGAAGUCACUGAUUCUGAGCUGCCAGCAUAAUUCAGUAACUGCCUCAAUGGAAGAAUAUGAUCAUUUGCCUUUGUCCACCAUGCAGACUGAAAUUUCCAAGGGGUCACUGAUGUUGAACUGCAGGCACAAUUCUAUCUAAUGAGCAGAAAACAUUUCAGAAGGGUGCACUGACCCCACACACCAAUUAUUACCUGUGGGUAAUACAAAGCAACUGGUGAUGCCACAGCUGGGAUGUGAACAGGAACCCAUCACUACCGAUUUUUGGAAGAACAAGCAAAUGUUGUAAAUGUUCACAGUUGCUUCUGUGGUGUGCAAGUUUUUUGUGUCAUUGAGCUGGUAUGGACACUGAGGAGACUGGGCUGAUGUACAAGCAGCUGUUGUAAGAUCGGUAACUAAGCUGUGGCUGCACAAAAGCUGAUGUGGGGUUCAUCACUGAAACUCAUAUCUCUACCAUGGCUGCAGAAGAAAACCAGAUUUCCAGUUUCAGCACUGCAGGCUGCCAAAAGUUGUGGUGGAGAAGACUCAGUUUUUCAGUAUUAGUAAGACUUUUAUGCACAGCUGAAAAACCAGUGGAACAGAGAUAUGUAAAUAUAAAUUUUUUUUUUUUUUGCUUUACCACCUCUCACAGCCCAUUAAGUAACAGCAAUCUUCCAGAUUCACAUAAAACAACUGCCCAUUUCUAUGAAACUUCACUCUGCCACAGGCUUGAAAUAGUCAUUGCCUCUGCAAGUAGGGACAAGGAACAAUGGCCCCGGUAUGUAAGAGAAGACAGUCACUCACGAGGGAUGGCAGCAAAUGAAAAUGUUAUUCGAUGGAUUAAACUCAAAAUGCAUUGAGAUGAUACUGAGAACUAUUUUUAAGCAUGUGAAAAACAGUUGUAGAUCUACAUGGAAAUGAGUCAGCUCCCAUUGCUGUCAAUCACAAAAUCUGCAAUGCUAAAACUUCAUGCCAUGUUGGUACAAGGUGGCCAGAUCACAGGAGUUGUUCCAGGACUUGGCAGCAACAUGGCAUUCUGCUUCAGCAUCUUCUUGCUACUUUAAUUGCAAAGUAUCUGAUUCAGAAGUUCAGGAUGAGCAUGAAACCCUGUUUGUGGAAAUCAUGUUUCCAGAGUGGAUGCACUUCCAAAGAAAUAAGCAUAUGGAGAAUUUCAGUUUUUUUGAAAAAUAAAAACCUGAUGUCAGGUAUCAGUCCCACUCACUGACAUCAGCAACACAGGUGAAGCUGAAAUUCCAACAGAUCAAUAGAAGGUUAGUGAAAAUACACAGGUGGAAUCCAGGCUGAAGCCAAGCCACAUAUAAUUAAGUAGUACUGUCAAUUGCUCUAGCAAAAUGAUGGUGAUUUUUUUUCCACAACUAUGUUAUUUCUAGCCUUUGUUCAUGAAACCUACAAACUACAAACUCAUUUUAACCUCUGGAGCCAGAGGUUCAGUGACUACUCAGAAGCCAAGGAAGGCCAUACUGAGGUACAGAUUUUAAAAAAACCAUCAGUUUUUUUUCAAGUGCAAAAGGGAGACCAGCCAGUUCAAUGCUAAUGAAAUAUUGGAGCAUAUUCUGUCCUGAUUUGCUAAACUAACCUUAGCAGAAGACUGGACUAGGUGGUCAGCUGAGGUAAUUUCCAACAUGAAUUGUGCUGUGGUAAGCAGUGGUUACUUGUUGCAGUCAAUAGGUUUGCAUGGAGCUGAAGAUAUCCAGUGUGUAGUAAUGCAAACAACUAGAAAUUCCUUAGCUGGCAGAUCUCUGAUUAGACAAGUUGGUAUAAAGAUAGGAAAAGACUUCUUCCCAUGCUGUGAACUGACAGGAAUAUGGCUGCUGAGCAGAGUUAUGAGGACAAGAGCUAAGCCCUAAAUUAUAAGGCAGCAAGAGCUAUCAGUAAGAACAGGAUCAUUGCCCCAGCUGGCAGAAAUAAGAGUUAACCCCUUGCCAUGAGCUGAGUGAACAGAUUUCUGUGGUAAACUUUAAGUUUGGCCUUGAAUUCUUGCGUGCAGAAUCUUACAGCAAAAGCUUUUUUGAUGCAGGCACCCCUGUAAUUCUGGCCAGAACCUGUAUAUCUUAGUAAUAGACUUUGUGUGUGAUUACCUUUUAUAUCUUCCUCAACUAUGUGGCAAGACAUUUUGCUUUUUUCAAAUGGAUUCCAGCUUUCCUUUUUUUCCUUUGUUACUUGCUAUGCUAUGCUGAAAAGUUGUUUCUCUUGAUUAGUUUGCAUGCAAUGUGAUUUCUAGACUGGACAUUGAGUCUAUUAGAAACACAGAACAAGAGGACUCUUAAUUUUAUCUUAGAUGCAUCUUGAAAUUUGCUUCUGUAGCCAAAACCAUCAUGGGAUGCCGAGUAGCUCCUCCUAAUCAGUGUGAUUUUUAUCAAAACUGUGCUAUAUUACUUCAGGGCUUAAAUACUGUUUCAACUUUGUUCUGCAUUUGGAAUCAAUUUAAGAAAUUCUGCCUGUUUUUGCACUUGUUAGAAUUCCAGCAUUUAACUAGCUAAGGUAUCUGUAAAGCUAUAGUGAGAAUACUCUGCUAAACACCAACACAGAAAAUUACCUGAUACGUGGUCUUAAGUAAAUAACUUUUCAGAGUCUUAAAUGGAAACACAAUUACCUUUAGCAUUUGCACUUCCAUGAACCUGUCUUUUUCACUAAUUCUAACUGAAAACAGCACUGGCUGUUUUGCUAAAGCACUUACAGUAUAUCAGAGACCUGUCACUACAGCUAUGCACUGGCAUUGCGCAUCAGAUCCGAGUCCUUCCUGCAAAGGGUAUAAAUAUGAGAGAGAUCUGACACUCUGUUUAACUGUAAUUCACAGGGGCAUUUGUUUCCAUGAACACAAGUAGAGACAUAAAGCAAGCAGAUCCAACUUUACACUAACACUGACAAACACAAACGGAUGUUAUCUUCCUCUCGUGACUAAGCAAAGUGUCAAGCUUGGAGUCAACUACUGUUUAUUGCUAACUGACUUUGGACUGGAUAAACUACAGGAUUUAAGCACUAAAAGCCACCAAACUGCACCCAUACAUCUAACUGCAAGAAUGCAGAUCCUCAGAACUCCCAACCAGCUGCAGUCUAUCCAUCUGCUUACCAUCCUGAGAUACAUGUUUUUCAACCUCUAAAAUUUCCUAAAUAACUAAAUAAACUUUGAAGAACACCCAGAAAAGUAAAUAGGUACCAAAGGACUGCAUAUUUAACAGGCAAGGUGCCUGUAGCAAUUCUUCAUUCUGUGCAUACACCAAGGCUUAUGCUGCUGUGCACAAAUGCAGUAGAGAAUACUACACUGUUAGGUUUUAAGAACUGCUGUAGCAACUGUUCAACUGUUCCCUGUUCCCUUUGAAGGCAAAGUCACAAGGCUGGGUGCAAUUUUGCCAGCACAGCUGAAAAAGCACAUUUUAUUUGUCACCUUGAGGUUCUUCACAGCCAAGGGAGGCCAGGUUUCUUUGGUCCCAGCAGAAGGUAACAGAACAGAAACAGCUCACAUACCUCUUAUCCAUCUGUAAAUAGCAGAUACUCUUAAUGUGUAAGAAGCAUUGGGCAUUUUUGUGUUCAUUGUAUGCAGUGAUGGUUUUGGGUAUACUCUUUAAAGUUCUGCUACUGAGUCACAAAAGCAGCAUUGGAGAAAUAGGCAGGAGUUGAGCAAAUCACGAGUUUCUACAAUUUUAAGACCUCACACUGCCAUUUUUAAAAAAAAAAAGAAUUCGUAAUCUUGCCUCUUGUGACACAUUAUAAGAAGACAGUAAAGUUUUCAGAGCAAGAGAACAAUUUAUUUCUGUGAUAUAAGUAGUACACUACAGGGAAUCUUACAGUAACAAAUAAAAUAAUAUUGUCUGUGUCACUUCUCUGUGCCUGCUUCUGUAAAAUGAUGUAAUACUCUUUAUUGUAUAAAAAUACAUGAGAUUUAGUCCUCAACUAGUGUUUAUCAAGAAAAAACAAGUGAAUGGUGUAAUAAGAGCCACUGAUAUGUGAAGGAUUAAUAAUUUGACGCAUUAUUCCAAAGGACAAUGGUGCAGUGCAGCCAACAAUGGAAGACUGGCAAGCACCAAAAAUUCAACAUGGAACAUUGGAAUAUUCUGAUGCCAGAACUCAAAUCAUCUUCACAAACUUUUCAGAUUGCACAGGAAGCUGGGUCCUAUGUGGCACAGUGUCCUGAACCCUGACCAGAGCCACAGCCAGAAAGUAACUGAGCCUGCUGGGAUGAAAACCAAUGUGGGACAUUGAACAAAAUUUUACUGAACUUCACAAAAUGCUUUGACUGGGUUGAAAGUGUUGGUAAAUUUCUCUGACCUGGUUACCUGGCUUGACAGAAAGUAAACCAAGGUACUAGAAAUGACUGCAGAUUGUGCUAUAAGCAGGUUUGGUUUGUGACACUUGCACACACAAGGGAAGAAAGAGUGCAUAGCAGUGUCUGCCUGCCUGGACUGCUGAGCUGUGGCACAAACUGCUACAGGAGCUGGCAGCAAUGCUGUGCCAGCCGUCAGUCACAGCUGCAGUGCAGGUUUGCUGUGUGCAAACACAGUGAGAGAUUAUUGUGAAAUAAAAUGUCAUACCCUGAGGACCACUUCAGAGAUCCUUUUGUUUUGACUCAUAUGCCAUGCCACAAGAUCACCUGGCAUUUCAUUUUACAGGCCAUUCUCUUAUUGAUCAAAAACUGGCCUGAUUUUCAUACUGGUAUUAUUUCAAUGUAAAUUACUUAGCACGAUGUGUGACCCAGGUUUGUAUUGUAUGAACAUCAAAAUCCACAGAGCUUUUAUGAUCUUCCCUCCCUUUUCCAGUUUGCGCUAUAAAGUCACUUCUUUUAACUCAGGAAAUCAUAAGUAGGAUAAGCCUGAGAUUAAUACUUCUGUACUAUGCCUUUCCUGCCAGACAAUGCUCAUUAAGGCUUAGACAGAAUUGUUUUGUUGUCCUUCCAAUAAAUGCUUAUAUGAAGCCCAGUA